CAUUAUUUUCAUUUUAUUGUUAAGAUAAAACAAUGGAAUUAAUCAAUACGCAUUUGUGAUUUAAUUAACAAACCAUGCGAAUAGAGUCAAGUUACCUAAGCUCAGCUAUUUUAUCAUUAUAAAUAUCGAAACAAUGAGGGAACACAUAAUCUAUUUUGCCGUUUUAGGAACUUUAAUCAUUCUGAUAUUUACUGUCAAAAUUGUGCAUUAUGCAAAACUGGAUUCGAUUAGUAAUUUUAAAGUCUUCCGUUCUUCCGACAUUAGCACUGGAAUUAGAAAUCUUAAUGACAUUGGACGCGAUCUUUUAGAGCAAAGAAACAAUAUAUCGAAACGGCUAAAUAUGAAACAACAGAAAAUUGGACAACAAGAGUGUCAGAAAAAGAAUACUACAAGUGAAACUGGAGGCUGGUGUGAGAAUCAGAGCAAAGAGAAAGGAGGAAAACACAUGACCGACAAAAAGCUCGUGCUUGCAUUAGUACAAUUUUUAAAAGGGAAAUACAUUGGAAGUUUUGGUGAUGGACCAGGAAGAUAUAAACAACUUGUCCUUGAAUCUGGUGAAGUCAAAGGUUACGAUGCAUACGAUGGGGCGCCAUUUUGUGACGUCACAAGCGAUGGGCGCGUAAAGUAUCUUGAUCUGACGUUACCACAGUAUGGACUACCUUUAUAUGAUUGGGCUCUGAGUUUCGAAGUAGCAGAACAUAUUCCAAGGCGUUUUGAAAGUGUAUAUAUUGACAACGUUGUACGCCACGCACGGGAAGGUGUGAUUUUAACUUGGGCAAGACCGGGCCAGGGUGGUUAUUUCCAUGUGAAUAACAGACCAUUUGAAUACGUAAAAAUAUUAAUGGAUUCACUUGGAUUCAACCAUGAUAAUACAUCUUCAGAAAUACUGAAAUCAAAAGCAGGUUUUCGACAUUUAAGAUUUAAUUUGAAUGUAUUUCGAAGAAAACAAAUCAUUUCAGAAGACGUUUUAAUGUUAUACACAUAAAUGUACAUAGUAUACGCAUCUUCUGAUAAAAAUAUUCAACCACAAGAAAUUAAAAGUCUUUAUUAAAUGCGUUUACCUUAACUAAAUAUAAAAACUGUAGAACUGAUUUCAUAGUUAAUUUUCAUGGUGACUAUGCUUUGUUAAAACAGCAACCAUUUUUGUCACGUACACACGAUAAAUAGUGUUUCAACAUACACAAAUAAAAAUGUAAUUGUUCUCAUUUUUCUCCCAGUAGAGCGGUUUUUAAAUCAGCAAGAUGACAGCGAUACGGGCUGUUGCAACAUUGCUAAAUCAGUGACGUGAAAAGACACAAUUGACUUGUGAUAUUUAUUUCUUGCACACCGGACUGGCGUUUCCGGUGAUUUUACCCAUGCCGGCAAAACCCAUCUGGCAUCCCCUCCCCCCAU